AUGGCUCCUCCUAAACACAUGAAUGUUGUUUCGGUUGCAAUCGCGGCUCUCAUACUACUUGUAUCAUGUUGUCAUGCAGCAACCUACCAACAACAAUUCAUGGCUCCACAAAAUGCAGUGAGAGCUCGUUUAAGGCUCAAACCGCUGAAGUGGGACGCCAAACUGGCCCGCUACGCUCAAUGGUGGGCAAACCAGAGACGCCGUGACUGCGACUUGAUCCAUUCGAAUGGACCAUACGGUGAGAAUCUGUUCUGGGGCUCAGGGAAUAGAUGGAGCCCUGUUCAGGCCGCCAAUGGAUGGUUGUCGGAAGGAAGAAGCUAUAACUAUUACGCUAACUCAUGCAAGGCCGAGAUGUGUGGCCAUUACACGCAGAUUGUGUGGAGGAACACGCAGAGGAUUGGCUGCGCUCACGUGAUCUGCAACAAUGGAGGCGGCGUGUUCUUGACUUGCAAUUACGAUCCACCGGGGAAUUUUCUUGGUAGGAAGCCGUAUUGA